ACCGUUUCUGAUAGAGCGAUCAGAGGAGGCAGCGCAACAUCCCCACCCCUCCUGCAAAAAUCUAGGGUUAGGGUUAGGAUUUCCUCUCCGCCUUCCCAUCGAGCUUCCCGUAGGGUUUCUCCGCUCUGGGGUGCGGAGACGAUGCCGCACCUCGUUCGGGACCGUCUCUUCUUCGGCAACAUCGGCGACGCCGCCGACGUCCUCCAGGGCGGCGGCGGCGGCGGCGGAGGCGGGGAGUUCACCCACGUGCUCUCGCUCCUGAGCUCGGCGUCGAUCUCCUUCUUCACGGAGUGGCGCCCCACGCUCUCUAUCCCCACGGAGGAGAUCUGCAAGGUCUACGCGGGCGGCGCCGACGAGUCGCCGAAGAAGUCGCUGGCGCCGGGGAAGCUCCUCUGCGCGCGCGAGCGCGCGGGGCCGGGCCUGAAGCUGGUGAGGAUGGCGGUGCCGCUGAGGGAUACGGAGGACGAGAACCUGCUGGAUUACUUGGAGGUGUGCUUGGACUUCAUCGACGAGGGCCGGAAAGAAGGGUCUGUGUUGGUGCAUUGCUUCGCCGGCGUGUCGAGAAGUGCUGCGAUUGUUAUUGGAUAUCUUAUGAGAACAGAACAGAAAUCUCUGGAAGAUGCUCUCGAGUCCUUGAAGGAAAGUUGUGAAUUUGUUUGCCCAAAUGAUGGCUUUUUGGACCAGUUAAAAAUGUUUGAAGAAAUGGGUUUUAAAGUAGAUACUGCUAGCCCUAUUUACAAGCGCUUCCGCUUGAAAAUAAUAGGUCAAUCUUAUCAACUAGGAGCAAAGAUAGAUGGGUCCAUAUUCGAAGCUGAUCCUGGUCUCUCCUCAGAGCCCAACUUUUGUGCAGAUGCCCCUAAGGAGAGCGAACAGAAAACUGCUUAUCGCUGCAAGAAAUGCAGAAGAAUUGUGGCCUUGGAGGAAAAUGUUGUUAGCCAUGUACCUGGUGAAGGGGAAACAAGCUUUGAAUGGCAUAAAAGGAAAAGUGGCAACCCCUUUAACAGGUUUCAGGAGAAAGAAUGCUCUUCUUUUUUUGUCGAGCCUCUCAAGUGGAUGACCUCAGUUAAAGAUGGUGCUUUGGAAGGAAAGUUAUCUUGCAUCCAUUGCGAUGCCCGCUUAGGAUAUUUCAACUGGUCCGGCAUUCAAUGCAGCUGUGGCAGCUGGAUUACCCCAGCCUUCCAGAUUCACAAGAGCAAAGUCGAUAUAAGCACAACUUAGAUCAAAUUCGGCCGGAAAUAGAGGAUUUGCCAUGCCUCGUCAUGGAAUAUAGUAGAAUUUGUGAUAAUCUUUCUGAGUCUUUGAUCUUCAUCGUUUAAUAUGAUCUCGAGUUAUUUGGUCGCUUAAUUCCCUGCAGAAAUUGUUGCCUUGGAGCAAUAUAACAGAAACUGCCCUUAUACAUGUCACCAAAACUGCAUCGAUUUUUUACUGACAUGCAGUUGGGCCUUUGUAAGAGUGACUUUUUGAAGUGCGUGUGGUGUAUUGUCAAGAGGUAAAAAAGAAAAAAAAAAAAGAAAAAAAAAAGAAAAAAAAAGAAGAAAGAAACUAUAUUACAAAGUUUUUUUUUUGUAUAAUGUGGAUUGGUAUAUUUCUGAUUCACCAGAACUUCGGGAGGAGGGUUUUUCAUUGUUUCAGCUUUCUCUUUUGCUCUUGGUGUCAACGAUUUUACCAGUGAAUUGUUCGAGUUGUUGA